UGCUGGGGCGGGAAUUUCCUGCAUGGUAUGCUUAUGUGUGCGCGUGUGUGUGAAGCAGGCACGUCAAGAUGGCAAAGUUGUGAGGUGCACAAUAACACCUUCUCCAAACAGUAUAGGACCAUAGCUUACAUCUUCGACAAGUACCAGCUCCGUGUCCACAUACAGAGCAGGCACCGGAGGUCAGUGAACUGAGUGCUUAAACUAACUAUGUGUUUGCCAUUCUAAUUCAGGCUAAUCUGGCACUGCUCUGUUGCAAAAGCAGCACGUCUUACUAGGCCACAUUUCGCUGAAAGUGGGUCAUAUUGAUGCAGCUGUGCUCUCAUCCACAGUGAAGCAUGACUCUGGCCCUUCAUGAUCUUCUGGUCUGCUGCAGGGGGCUGGAGAAUGACAAAAUCACAGAGAGGAAGAAAGAGGCUGAACGCUUCAGGCGGCUCAUUCGAACUCCAGAAGUUGUGCAGGAGUUGGAUCGCUCCUCUGGAAACAAAAACAAAGGAUCCAAGCAGCUCACAUGGGAUGCUGUCUUCAGAUUUCUGCAGCGUUAUGUCCAGAAGGAGACAGAAAGCAUUAAAUCAAGUAAAGCCAACGUUACAGCAACUACACUGGCUACACGUCAGAAGAAGAUGGCUGAUGUGUGCAGCUUGAUCAAAUACUUCAUCCGCUAUGCAAACAAACGCAGACCCUGUCUAAAGUGUAGUGAGCUGCUGAAACAUGUGAUGGAAGUCCUGCAGAAUUCAUACAGCUGUUCAGCCUAUGGAGAAGAUUAUAGCAGCAUUCUAUUGAAGGAUAUCCUCUCUGUUCGCAAGUACUGGUGUGACAUUACUGCUCAACAGUGGAACAGUCUUUUGGAAUUGUUCUGCAGCUUUUUCAACGCUUCAUCAAAGUCUAUUAACCGUGUGUUGGUGAGCAGAGUCAUCCACACAUUGGUGCAGGGCUGCUGCAAGCAGACUGAUGGAUUUAAUAACUCGCUGUUCAUCUUCUUCUCCAAAGCACUGCUAAAUGCCAGGCAGGAGAAACACUUGACUGUUUUGGAGCACCUCGUCUCAGCUCUCAACAUCUUUUUAAGAUCUGCUGCUUUGAACUGUCGGAUGAAGGUGUGCCAUCUAGGAGAGGAGCUUCUAGCUUCAGUAAUGUAUAUCUGGGCAGACAUGAGGCCCAGUGCAGGUCUCAAAGAGGAGAUAGUGGAGUUCUUUAACCUGCAAAUUCACGUUCAUCACCCCAAAGGAGCCAAGACACAGGAUACAGAUGCUUAUGCAGAGGACUGGGUCAAAUGGCGGAGUCUUCUUUACAACCUAUAUGAUGCCUUAAUCAGAGAAAUCAGCCAAAUAGGCAGCAGAGGGAAGUACGUGACAGGGACACGGCAUAUUGCUGUCAAAGACAAUCUGAUUGAGCUCACCGCUGAUAUUUGUCACCAGCUGUUCAGUGAUGACAAUGACACCCACGUCUUGGAGGUGACACAGGUCUCCGUCAGAGCCACCCUCAGUCCCACACAUGGAGCAGCCAGCAAGCGGCGUCGCAUUGAACUGGGCUGGGGGGUCCUCCGGGAGCAUCUCCAGCCUCAGCAAAACGACUUUGAUAUCAUACCAUGGCUUCAGGUCACUUCAGUGCUCACCUCUAAGUAUCCAUCCAUGGUACCCAGCCAGGAGCUGCUUCCGCUUCUGUCAGUGUUGCACCAGCUCCUGGCAGAGCAGCGGAAAGGAGAGAGAGGGCCGUAUGUGCUGCGCUGUUUAAGGGACUUAGCUCGGUGCCAGGCUCGCUACCCAGAGAGGACCCAAGUCCCCAGGACAGAGUUAAGCAGGCUAUGGGGUCGAGUGUGGGCCCUUGCACUGCGAGGGGUCAGCUCACCCCAGACAGAGGUCGACAGCCUAGACUUGCUCAGCUCUAUUGUCGAUGGUGGACUGAUCCAUAUGGACAGGGAAUUCUGGAAGCUUUACUCUGGAUCAGCAUGUAAACCCUCUGAGAGUGCUGCUCUCUGCUUAGCCCAGGCCAUGCUGAAGAUUCCUGUUCCAAAAAGUCUCAUCUCCGGCUCAGGCUGGGAGUAUAUGGGAGUCACAGAUGGAUCUGAAUCACCUACCCUGAAGGAGACUCUCACGACCUGGCUGCUGAUGACAGAUCAGAGCGAUGAGAUGGAGGAUAGCUCCAGACCCCACCCCAUCAUUUGCAGAGACUUUCCUCACAGCCUCAUAGCAAACAUCCUGGUCUCUCUGACUUUGAAAGACACAAGAACUGGCCUGAAGUUUCUGCUGGGCACUGAUGGAGUAAAAAGUGCCUUUUUGCAAGAACAAACCUCAUCCAAUGCCAAAGAUAACUUGGAGGACAUCGAGAGACUGUACACACAGUUCAGCUUCAACAUGCUGCCCUCAGCCAAACAAAAGGCGGAGGACUCCGUGAACACAGCUUCAGCUGAUAGCCAAUUUGCUGCUUUACCGGGCCUCAAAAGCAAGUUGGAACAAUCACUACUCUGUGUAGCUGACAACCUACUCAACUGCUACUCUCCUGAUUCUCAAUCCAUCCCAGCAGAGUGCUUGGUGCGUUGCUCUAGUCUGCUUACUGGGGUUCUAGCAGGUUAUGUCUCCACUGGCUGUCUGAGUGAAGAGGAGGCCUGUCGUUCACAGCUCUUCACAAAAGCCAAGGCCCUGGCCCAAGAACUCAGUGGUUUUGUUUCUAGUGUGAAAGUGAAGAUGACAGAGGAAGGUACAAUGAGCACACUGCGGUCAAUCAUGAAACUCUGCACAGAGUCCGCCUGCAGAAAAAGCAAGAGUUCCUGCCCUGUCUCCUCCAGUCUGUUCAUUAUGAUCCUGCCAGCCAGUCUCCUCAGUGAACUGGCUGAGAUCUUCAAAAUGUUGUUGAGCAGUGCUUCUAAGAGAGUUAGUGUUGUGGAAGAAGAUGAUUACUUAGAUGCUGACAUGGACGUGACCAGAACCCAACAAGGGGACGACAUUGACUUGUUUGAAGAUGAUGAGGAGCCCCACAGCAGUGCCAACGGGACCCAGAGACAGACGGGAGAUAAUAACGACAAUCCCUGUGGGCCAGGUGCAAAAAGUCUUUUAGCAGAUGAUCAUCUAGCCCACCAGGACCGGGCUUUCCUUGCGAUCUUGGAGUUCCUGUGUGAGUGCGGCUCUGUCCAGCCUGUCCAUGGCCUUCUCUUCAAACCUCAGGAGGUGCGGCGCAGGCUGCUGCUGGUGGUGGAGCAGAUUGACUUUGGCAAAGCCGUGCAGCUCAACAUGUAUCUGGUCCUUCUAAAGAAGCUUCCUGCUGAGGACUCACUGUCUCCUGAGGAAUUUGACUCACUACUUCGUCCCUUAGCGGAAGUGUGUUCUCAGUACAGACAGGACCAAGAGGUCUGUGCUGCAGUCCUGCUGGGUUUGUUACCUUCUAUAAAGAGCAUGGGGAAAACCCACCACGCACUGGAGGAAAUGAGACAUGUUCAGGGAUCUCUGAUACAAGUGGUGUAUGGAUUCUGUGUGCUGAGCCAAACAGGGAAAUGCAUUGCACCUGUACGAGUGGCUCUUGUGAGGUGUCUUGUUGCUCUGCUGGAGGCUGAUCCACGCUGUGAUUGGGCGAUCCUGAGCAUCAGGGGACCUGACAGAGAAGAAGAGCAACCAGUGUCCAUCAUCUUACCGUCCUACCUUGCAGAUGCCCACCACCAAGUCCGCAUGAUGGUAGCCAUGUCACUGGAAAGGUUGUUUCUGGAGCUGAAACCAGAGCACCCAGAUAAGAGGAAGAUGCUGCCGCUCAAACUCCAGCAGACCGCUUUUGAGACCAUUUACCUGAAGGCUCAGGAGGGAAUGAAGCUCCAGAGAAGCAGCUCUACAGAGCGCGGGCAUGAUGAGGCAUUCAACCGCAAGGCCACCCUGUUGAAGAGUUUGUCUGUUGUGCUGUGUUGUAGCCCAGUCUGUGAAAAACAGUCUCUGUUCGCCCUCUUCCAGUCCUACAAAGAGAACAAUAUAGAGGAACAGCUCAUCAAAAAGAUGUUGUGUAGCGUAUCCACAUCCCUUGGCUACAGGAGCGUGAAAACAUUUGUCAGCUCUCAUUUAUACUACUUGGUGGCUGAGUGGCUGGCCCAGAGACAGUCUGACGACCGCUACACUCUCGGAUCUUUUCCCUUCACCCUCUUAGAUCACAACACGGUCAAAGAAUUUUAUAACUCUUCAUACCAGGUACUGAUCCCACACCUGGUCUUCUUGGAUGACUUUGAACAGGUGAAGUCUAUCGGCAGGUGUCUAGAAAAGGACUGGAAAGAGUUGUUGGCUGAUUGUUUCCCCAAGAUCAUGGUCAACAUCCUGCCUUACUUUGCCCGGCCUGGUCAGGACCCUCAGGUUGCACAGCAGAGAGAGAAGGCCCACAGAGUGUACGAUCUGCUUAAAGACGCUAACUGUCUGGGCAAACAGCAAAUUGACAGUCUGAUCCACAGUAACCUAGCAGACAUAGUGGUGGAGCUGCUUAUGACUCUGUAUGAAGAAAGUGGAGCUGAAGGGGAUCAAGGGGAUCUGAAACGCUUUAUCGGGGAACUUGACCCUGCGCCAAACCCACCGCACUUCAACUCCCAUGUCAUUAAAGCUACACUGGACUAUCUGAGCAAGUGCCACAGUGCAAACCACAAGUCUUUGGUCGCCAUUCUGUCAAAAACGCCGAUUUCCAUUCAGAGGAUUCUGUUGGCUGUGUGUGAAAAAGCAGCUGAGACGACCAACAGCUACGAACGCCAUCGCAUCCUCCUCAUGUAUCACCUGUUUGUCAGUCUGCUGCUCAAGGAGGUGAAGGAUGGCCUUGGAGGAGCCUGGGCCUUCGUCCUCAGAGAUAUCAUCUACACACUCAUUCACCAUAUCAACAGCAGACCGGCUCAGUGUGAUGAGGUUUCCAUCAGAAGUCUCUCCUUGUGCUGCGAUCUGCUGACCUCUGUGUGUGGGGCUGCACUGCAGUUCUGUGAUGAUGCUCUAGACUGCCAUCUACAGGUCAUCAUCGGGACUCUCACUGCUCAGGUGACGAGUCAGCCUGCAAUAUCACAACAGGUGCUCAGUCUGUUGCAGUUUCUUGUGAUGGAAAAUAAAGAGAAGUUAAAAGGAGCCAUCAGACGGUUGGAGCCUUUUCCUGACCUUCCUGAGUUCGGAGAGCUGCGGUCUGUCCAGCACCUGCUUAAAUACAACUCUGGGACCUUUACGCUCCGACAGGAGAUAUCCCAUUUUCUGUCUGUGUCAUCCUCUGACUGCCUACCUCUUACCAGACUGGAGGGUUUGAAGGAGCUGACCAGACAGCUACAUUCAAAUAAGGGGCAGAUCCGGGAGCUGCUGAAAGAGUGUCAUGCUGACCCAACUGACAGUGUGCUGCUGAAGCUAGUUCUCAAUCUGCUCCAGCUCUGCAAGCAUGCUGCAAACCACCCCAGUGGAGCUGAAAUUCUUGAGGCGGCAGGCAGCUGUUUGGGAGAAUUGGGUCCUGUUGAUUUCUCCACCAUUGCCCUGUUUCACGGCAGCGACCCCCUCUAUGAAAGGGCUGUGUCUCUCUUCACCUCCACUGAGUCACAGUGCCUCUACAUCAUCCUCAACUGCAUGAACGACGCUCUCACUCAACAGCGGAUUGAGAUGAGGCAGGCUGCUGCUCAGUGUGUGAAAAACAUCCUCGCCACGCAGUCUGGAGUGGACUUCUGGGAUCAACACAAAGUCAACAGUGACCCCAUGCUAGCCUACCUCAAUCCUUUCAGAAAGUCCAAGAAGAAGGAGCCAGCUGUGUCUCCUGAGGAGAGCUCGGAUGCCAAGGAUAAGCUAGAGAGACCGGAGUUUUGGAUACCUCAGACAGGUGGACACAAGGCCUGGCUGAAGGCUCUGUGCACAGCCCUGCUCGACAGCGGAGGAGUCAGGAGUGAAUCUCUGCUGCUGUCACGACCUCUGUGUGUGGUGAGGGUGGACUGCUGUCAGAGGCUGCUGCCCCUCAUCAUUCACUCCAUCCUUCUGAAUGACUCUAACGGCUCAUGGAGGGAGUUGCUCUCUUCCCACAUUCAGGACUUCUUCAACUUUUGCUCCAGAAGUCCUCAUGCCUCCAGUCGCUCGACUACACCUCUCAUCUGUAACUCUCAGUCAGAUAGUGCCAGUCACAGCUUGUAUGACAAAACCUCUCUGCGCACCAUGCUUGCUGUUAUUGACUAUCUAAGACACCAAAAGAGACCACGUGAAGCUGAAAGCAGCUCCUGUGGCACCGUGUGUGAGUCAAACUUCUGGCUGGAGCUGAACUACCUGGAGGUGGCUAAAGCUGCUCAGUCCUGCUCAGCCCACUUCACUGCUCUGCUGUACACUGAGAUCUACGUUGACAAGAUCAAAGCUGAUAUGGAAGAUAAUUGCAGAACCAAGUCCAGAGCAACACGCAAGCUCAAUUUUGAAGAGAGUAGCCAGAACUUCACGAUCUCUAGCCUGACUGAGAAGAGUAUGGAGGACACCAAAAUCAGUCUGCAGGAGCUUCUGAUUGAGGUGUAUCGCAGCAUUGGAGAGCCUGACAGUCUGUAUGGCUGUGGGGGAGAGACAUUGACCAGUCCAUUGACAAGAAUUCGAACAUACGAGCAUGAAGCUAUGUGGGGGAAAGCCCUGACAUCCUAUGACCUCCACUCUUCGCUGCCAGAUGUUGUGCGACAAGUGGGAAUCGUGGAGGGCCUGCAGAACUUUGGUCUGAGCAGCAUCCUUGCCACCUACAUGAGGGGUCUGGAGAGUGAAGGGGUUGAGUGGGGGGCUGAGCUGAGUGAGCUGCGCUUCCAGGCUGCUUGGAGGAACAUGCAGUGGGAUUGCGAGGUAUCAGAGAGGAGCGACAAAUCCAAGCCAGGCUUCCAUGAAUCAGUGUUCUGUUCCCUGCAAGCGCUGAGGGACAAAGAGUUCUCAAUAUUUGAUGAAACUAUGAAGCAGGCCAGGGUUGCAGAGGUGGAGGAAUUGUGUAGAGGAAGUCUCGAGGCUGUUUCUUCUCUGUACCCAGCUCUCAGGAACCUGCAGAGCAUCAGGGAGCUGGAGAGUGUCAAACGGCUUUUCUCCAGACCCUUCUCCGAUUUGACGUUGAAGGACGUCUGCAGCAAGUGGGGGCAGCACUUACAGCUCCUUGUUGACAGAGACUUCUCUCUGGUUGAGCCUAUUCUUGCUACCCGCUCUGUCGCCCAGCACACCCUGAUGGGAAGGGUGGGAGACCCUGACAGCACUCAGUACCUCAGAUCUGUGCUCACUGACCACCUCAUGGAGCUCUGCCAGCUUGCUCGCAAGGCUGGGAAUACACAGAUGGCAGAGCGGGCCGUCUUCCAAAUAAAGCAGCAAGGUACUGGAGGGUCCUGGGCGUCAUCCCCUGUGUCGUCAUGGCAACUAGAGGAAGCCCAGGUGUUCUGGGCAAAGGGAGAGCAGGGACUGGCUUUGGGGCUGCUGAGGCAGAUGAUAAACAACCUUGAGGACAAGGUGGACAUGAAUCCUGCUCUGGUACCGGUCUACACAGAAUGUCUCAGGUUGUGCGGUAACUGGCUUGCUGAGACCUGUCUGGAAAACCCUGGAGUGAUACUGGAGAAGUACCUGGAGAGGGCAGUGGAAGUGAUCGAGGGGGAGUCAGGUGCUCACGACUCCAGGCUAGAAGCUCAGCGGACGGAGGCCUUUCUGUCUUUGGCACGCUUCUCUGACGCUCAGUACCAGAGCAUUGACAAAUACAUGAACUCCUCUGAGUUUGAGAACAAGCAGGCACUGCUGGAGAAGGCCAAAGAAGAAGUGGACUUGAUGAGGGAGCGCAAAGUGACAUCCAAUAGGUACACUAUAAAGGUGCAGAGAGAGCUAGAGCUGGAUGAGAAGGCCUUGUCCAACCUGCAGGCAGACAGGCAGCGUUUCCUUUGUAAGGCAGUGGAGAAUUAUAUCCAGUGUCUGGAGCAAGGGGAGGAGCACGAUACCUGGGUGUUCCGCCUGGCUUCACUUUGGCUGGAGAAUGCUGAUGUGAAGGCCGUAAAUGUAAUGAUGAAGAAAGGGGUGAAGCAAAUCCCCUCCUACAAAUUUCUACCUCUUAUGUAUCAGCUGGCCGCUCGCAUGGGAACUAAGAUAGCAUCUGGUGUCACUGAGGAAACAGGCUUCCAUGAUGUCCUCAAUGCACUGAUCUGCAGAGCAUCUCUUGAGCACCCCCACCACACACUCUUCAUCAUCUUUGCCCUGGUCAAUGCCAACAAAGACGAAAACUUUUGCAAAUCCCGGCUAUCUAAGAGUGCUCCAAGACAGUCCUCCCCUUUUGACCUGGAGCGUUCAGAUGUGGCCCGAAAGAUUAUUCAUGUGAUCAAGAAAAAGAGAGGCGAGAUGAUAAGAGGAAUUGAACGUCUGUGCGACGCCUACAUCACUCUGGCUUACAUGGACGCCAGCAAGCACAAGACUGAGAAGCGGGCGAUUCCCAUCCCGGCGGAUCAGCCCAUCAUGCAAAUCAAAGACCUUAAUGAAGUUGUCAUCCCCACAAUGGAGAUCAAGGUGGAUCCAUCUGGUUGCUAUGACAACCUUGUGACUGUCAGAUCCUUCCUGCCCCAUUAUCACCUGGCUGGAGGAGUGAACCUGCCCAAGAUCCUGGACUGUGUCGGCUCAGACGGCAAGAGCAGGAGACAGCUGGUGAAGGGUCAGGAUGACUUGCGGCAGGAUGCAGUCAUGCAGCAGGUUUUCAGCAUGUGUUCCAUGUUGCUGCAGCGCAACACAGACACUCGCAAGAGGAAGCUCAACAUCAGACGAUACAAGGUGGUGCCAUUCUCGCAGCGUAGUGGUGUGUUAGAGUGGUGUUCAGGAACUGUGCCUAUUGGGGAGUUUCUGGUGGAUCCAAGUAAUGGAGCACACAAACGCUUCAGACCGCAGGACUCGACAAACCUCGCCUGCCGUAAGAAGAUGAUGGAGGCCCAGAGACUUGCAUUUGAUGAGAAGCUACAGGCCUACAGUGAAGUAUGUAAGAACUUCAGGCCAGUCUUCCGGUAUUUCUGUAUGGAAAGCUUCCUGGACCCUGCAGUGUGGAUGGAGAAACGGUUGGCUUACACCCGCAGCGUGGCCACCUCUUCUAUAGUCGGCUACAUUGUGGGCCUGGGCGACAGACACAUUCAGAAUAUUCUGAUUGAUGAGCAGACUGCAGAGCUGGUGCACAUUGAUUUAGGUGUGGCCUUCGAGCAGGGGAAGAUCCUCCCCACCCCCGAGACUGUCCCCUUUAGACUGUCUAGAGACAUUGUGGAUGGAAUGGGCAUCACAGGAGUGGAGGGAGUUUUCAGGAGAUGUUGUGAGAAGACUAUUGAGGUGAUGAGGAGCUCUCAAGAAGCUCUGUUGACUAUAGUAGAGGUGCUGCUGUAUGACCCUCUAUUCGACUGGACCAUGAACCCAUUGAAGGCCUUCUAUCUGCAACAUGACGAACAGCAGGAGCUCAACGCAACCCUCAGCUCCACGAUGGGGGGAGACGACAUGGACAACCACCGUAAAUCCAGUGACAGUCAGAGCUUCAAUAAAGUGGCGGAGCGAGUGCUACUGAGGUUGCAAGAGAAGUUGAAGGGGGUGGAGGAGGGCACGGUGCUCAGCGUUGGGGGGCAGGCCAACCUUCUAAUCCAACAAGCUAUGGACCCAAAAAACCUCAGCAGACUCUUUCCAGGGUGGCAGGCCUGGGUGUAGACCUUAGACCUCAGACCUCAGCGAUACUGAAAGCAACAAGUACAAUGGCUUUUGUUGUAUUUCUAGCCUCUAUUUGAUAUAAACUGAAUCCACUCUCAGUUUUUGCCUGUGCCAAUCUCAAAGAACACGAAGGCAAUUACUUUGCAUGAAUAGGAAAACAUUACAUGGCACUUUCUAAACACCCACUGGUCCAAAUCGAAUGUUCCUUUUGAAUUGUUAUUUGACAUUCUGCUGCUUUGCACUAUAUCCUGAAAAGGGUCAACUUAUCAAAUGCUUGCAAUAGUUCUUACUAAACCUUUAAAAUCACAACUUCAGUUUUACAAAAACCUGAGCAUUUCCAAAAGACUGCGAUGUUUGAAGAGACAUAAACUGUGGGCCUGAAAUGGACAAGUCUGUUCAAGUCAUGGUUACUGUAAAGUUAAGAAGGGCUUUUGUAUGUAACCUUUUGAAUGUGAAUGUUUUAUUAUUUUCAGCCUUUUUAUGAAAUGAUUUAUAAAGAAAGCUCUUCACCUAGAAAAAACACUUCUCACUGUAAUGAAGGACGUGUACAGAUUUCAACUGUUCAACAGCAACUUUGUUUUAAGUCGCCCGUUCUGUAACAAAGGCUGCUCUGAUGUGAACGAUGCAUUGAUGUGAAUAAAAGUCCUGUCUUUAAAUGGUG